AUAAUGUCCACAUUUAGAACAGAAGUUCCGCAGAAAUUGGGAAAAUUUUUGGCCACGUAAUACAGAUAAAUCAUUUUUUUAAGAGUAUAAAACAUAAAUAUUUUCGGCAACUUUCAGAACAGACAUUGGUGUUUACAUCCAGACUCCAAGAAGUUUUCUUAAUAUUUGUAAAUAAUACGGUAAGCAACCUGUAAUUUUUUAACAUUUUAUUUUAUUUGUUGAAGGUGAUUCGAUUAUGUUGUUGAUUCAUUUCACAUACCACCCAGCUUGACAACCAAAGGUAAUGAAUAAUAAUAUAUCUCCUAAAGAUAUAAUCGUGGCGAUCAUUAGCUUGUAAAAUUUAGUUAGUGUUUGACCAAGUAGGUUAGGUUUGAGGCUUCUAAAAAAAUGAUGGUUCAUUGGUAAUAAAAUAAAAGCAGUAUCGAGAGUAUGUAAUGAAAAAUCAAGACGAUGACGUCAAGCUCCACAAAUACCAACCUUAAUAUCUUUCAUCCAUUUUAUCAUAUUGAUUUUUGAUAAAUUAUUUAUACCGAUAACAUAAAUUGUUUCCCCCUUCUUCCGAAUUACCUUUACUAAAUAUCAAAAGGUUUAUACCAAUUUUCUUGUAAGUGUAUUUUAUUCCUAUUUUGAAUUGAUGGAAAGAUUAUCUUAGUGCUUUAAUGGCGUUAAAAACGAAUACUUUAAUUUUGUGUUAAUUUUUGCCAAUUUUUCAAAUUUGAUAACUUAUUUUAUUUUGGUUAUUGUAUAAUUUUCAGAUAUACACAAAUGGCAGAAUAUAAUUUUUCCAAGAUGUGUGAGGACUGGGCAGAGCAGCAAUCACUUGACACUCCAGAUUAUAAAAGUUAGUUUAAUCAGUUUGACUGGUUGUCUUAGCCGGUGAAAAUUAAAAUCUCAGUUAUAUGAAUGAUAACAAUUUUAAGUUGUUUUUGUUUAAAACAAAUUUUCUUACGAGUGUAAUGUAUAGAAAUAAAUUGCACCUAUCACCAUCUGGCAAGCAGCUAUUGCAAGGGUGCAGCAAUUUCCAUUGACCAGACAGUGUGACCAUAGAUUUAUUUAAUAGUGGUUCUCAGCCGAAAGUUACCUUGUUCAGAUAAAGAAUUUGUCUCCUUGGAAUAGAGCUACAUUUUACCUAUUGAGGAUCCCUGAACGACCGUGACCCUUCCAUUCUGACCUUUCAACAUUACAUGGAGAGACUGUUACAAAUAGGAUAAAUCCAAUUAUUUCUUUAAUGACGAUUUUUUUCUGAAAUUAUUUAAACCUAAACUGUGUGUACAUUUUCUUGAUAUCUUUCUCAUUUCGACAGUCGAGGGCAGAGCAAACCUGAACAACUUGAAGUUAUCCGUUGAAGACAUCAGCUGGUCAGGCUUCAGACAGCUGGUCAACGAAGAGUCGCAAAAGGUCAGUCCAUUUUUCAUCGACUGCAGGCUCUUUCAUUGGAUUUAAUACCUAGUCGUCACCAUCCACAGCUUUAUCAACUUUAAAUCAUCAUCUAAACAGUAGAUGUUUCAUUUAUCAGCUUUAGAAAAAAAAAAAAACACUGGAGGUUUCUAAACAAGUGUGACGUAUAGAUGGUCUUACAAAAUAUUCUAAAUAAUUAUAGGUUAUUGUGUUAGGGAUUUAUCGAAAAUCCCUAGCAAUGGCAUCGGAUUGUUUUUUAAAUCAGCAAGACGCCGAUAAGCUGAAAUUCUGAUGGCUUCAAAAAUAGUUUGAAAUGGCAUAAAUUUUAAAUGUAUGUUAACUAAUCUUAGAUAUUAUGCACCUAAAUAUAAAUAUAAAGCAAGUAAUAGCUUAUGAUUUUUUUUUAAAAUUAAAUUUAUUUCUGAUGUCAAAACUAAAAGGCGAUACUUAAAAACAGCACUUUGAUUUAUGGUAUUCAUUUAAAUUUAUUAUUUCCUUAUUUUUAGGAUUUAUUUCAUAAAAAUAGGGGGUAUGUGGGGGGAUGUGGGGGGAUGUGGGGGAUGUGGGGGAUGUGGGGGAUGUGCAUAAAAAUAUCACGAAAUUAUACCAACACUAUUGACAUGUUCAAAAAAAUGACAUCAAAUUUACAUGGCACAAUGCAUGUUUAGCAAACGAAAAAUAAAGAGCGAUAUGUCGUACUAUAUGACAUUCAAGCUAGAGGUAUUUUAUUAUUUUUUCUUCCACAAAGGUGAGCGUUCAAUUUAACCCGAUGCAGCCAAGUCUGUACAGUGGCCUACACGCGAGCAAGGAAUCCGAAAUGAUCACAGAGGCCCACUUAACGAGAGGAGUCGUCAAAGGUAGGAUGUCAGUCUGGUGUCAGUCUGAUGUCAGUCUGGUGUCAAUUUGAUGUCAGUCUUUUGUCAAUUUGAUGUCAGUCUGGUGUCAGUCUGGUGUCAGUCUGGUGUCAAUCUGAUGUCAGUCUGGUGUCAAUUUGAUGUCAGUCUGGUGUCAAUUUGAUGUCAGUCUGGUGUCAGUGUGGUGUCAGUCUGAUGACAGUCUGGUGUCAAUUUGAUGUCAGUCUGGCGUCAGUCUGGUGAUAUUCUGGUGUCAAUCUGAUGUCAGUCUGAUGUCAGUCUGGUGUCAAUUUGAUUUCAAUCUGGUGUCAAUCUGAUGUCAGUCGGGUGUCAAUCUGAUGUCAGUUUGGUGUCGGUCUGGUGUCAUUCUGAUGUCAGUCUGGUGACAGUCUGGUGACAGUCUGGUGACAGUCUGGUGACAGUCUGGUGACAGUCUGGUGACAGUCUGGUGUCAGUCUGGUGUCAGCCUGAUUUCGUUCUGAUGCCAGUCUGAUGCCAGUCUGAUGUUGGUCACAUGUCAACAAAGACAGAGCAAUUAGUUUAAAUAAGAUUAAAAUAAAGUACAUCACGUGAAGAUGCCUAGCCUUCAUGGAGGAAGGCCUGACGAAAUACUUAAGGCACUUAUUACAAGUGAAUGGAACAUCUAAGAUGGGCCAAUAAACAGAUUAAGUUAACAUUUCAAAUGUACCAUGAAAUGGUUUUCGAAAGUCCAUUUAAGACAAUGUUCAUUUUAUGUCCAUAAAAAUAAUAUGCGUAGUUACAGUAGAAUGAAGUUACAAGCAAAAGUUCUUGUUCUCAUUAUUAGUAUAAGUCUGACUGAGUUUUUUUGUCAACCCACCAGGGUUGAACACCCCACUGCGACUUCCUGUUCGUGGUCAGAGUAACGAGAUCCAGAAAAUUCUGGGCGGAUACGUGACCAUUGACCCGGGCACUAAAGAGUCCAGGUCAAGCAACAAAAUGACCGUGACCCUGGGCAGCUCCCACCAAGCUAACGCAAACCAGCCAACCCAGGCCAGGGUGUCAUCUAAACAAACAGCUUAUGAAAGUAAGUCGAGGUUAUUCUUUUGAGUUAGGCAUUAAAAUGUGUUGUUUUAAAAUUAUGAUUGAUUUAAACUUCGUAAAUAAAGAUCAUAAAGAGACGAGUUCAUUGCAUGUAUGAAGGUGGCUAUGAAGAUCAUUGGUGGGAAAGUCCAUUGCAUUGCUGAAGAUAGCGUUGCAUAUCAUUGGUAGGAGAGUCCAUUGUACUUCCUGAAGGUGGCUAUGACGAUCAUUGGUGGGAACCUCUAUUGCAUGCUUGUACGUGGCUUCGAGGGUCUGAUUUCGGACUUCCAGAGUAACAAAGCUUUGAUGUCAGACAAAGUCACCGACCUCUACAUGUAACAAAAUCGAGAGAUACGGCACAUAUCCUACAAUAUAAUAUCUGCUAAUAUCUUGUUUCUUUAUGACUAUUUAUAUAAUUAUUUUGGAAUUUUUUACAAGAACUUCUCUUUCGUCUCACAACAGUAGAUUAACACACUGAGUAGUGUGGCUGUAUUUUUACUUUAUUGAUGCGUAACGAAAUUUAAAAAUUUAAAGAAAGGUAAUUACAUUUACAUUUUUGCUCAUCCUUUAAAGGGGGGAGAAAAAGGGGGGGGGGGGGGGGGGGAAAUUGUUUCCAAGUCCACAUUUUAAAAAAAUAAUUUAACCUAACAAUAACAAAUGGGUUAAUUUUUUUUUUUUUGAUGCGUAACGAAAUUUAAAAAUUUAAAGAAAGGUAAUUACAUUUACAUUUUUGCUCAUCCUUUAAAGGGGGGAGAAAAAGGGGGGGGGGGGAGGGGUGAAAUUGUUUCCAAGUCCACAUUUUAAAAAAAUAAUUUAACCUCACAAUAACAAAUUGGUUCAUUUUUUUUCUUGCAGUCCAUUUCACAGCUAAAGUUUCAUGCCUAGGAAUUGUGACGUUCUCCCAGGAUUCCACUGAUGAGCAGGUGUUUGCUCAAAUCAUCGCAGACCUUCAAGAGAGGGGUCAUGACCUCAGUCUGGUGGUUAAUAGAAAGAAUGGCUUUGCCGAUUCCGUUUCCUUCCAAAUGGCCGGCCGCUGUGUGUUUAGAGGGGAAUUCGAACAGGAAAUUAAUUGGCAAUAUUGACACUAGAUAUUUAUAGGCCAAAGAAGUUCAAUAACAUAGGAAAAUGUUUUCCUUUUUUUUUAGUGGUUAUUUGAAAAUUCGCUUUACAAUUUGUGAAAUUCAUAAUGUAAUAGGCAAAUAAUUUAAGUUUUAAAAUUAUCUUCAGUAAAUAAUACUUUUUUUUUAAAUACCUUUUAAAAAGAAAAUGAGUCAUUCAAAAAAAAUAAAUAAUAAUAAUUGAGAGCUGCUACGAUGAAACAAAUGCAAAUGGCGAUUAAGAGAAUUUUAUGAAAGAUUGUGUUUGUCAGAUUCUUGAACAAAAGACUUCGCUUGGAUGUGGAAAAUGAUGAGUUGAUCUAUUUUCUAAAUAUAAUUUUUUAGAAUUUUUUGCGUUUUUUUACAUUUAUUACAAUGCAAUGUUAUUUUGUUAUGUUCUGCUUGUAUGUUCACUUUCACCUGUAGGAAUGUAGUCCAUUAUAUUAAAAUUAUGUUCACUUUAACCUGUAUGAAUGUAGCCCAUUAUAUUAAAAUUAUGUUCACUUUCAACUGUAUGAUUGUGGUCCAUUACAUUAAAAUUAUGUUCACUUUCAUCUGUUUGAAUGUAGUCCAUUAUAUUAAAAUUAUGUUCACUUUCACCUGUAUGAUUGUGGUCCAUUAUAUUUAAAUUAUGUUCACUUUCACCUGUAUGAAUUUAGUCCAUUGCAUUUAAAUUAUGAUCAUUUUCACUUGUUUGGAUGUAGUUCCUUACAUUUAAAGCAUACGAAUUUUGUACCUUGUGAGAAAAAGUUUAAUAAAUUGUUUGAAACUAAAUGUUUACUUUGUUUUUUCUUAAAUAAUAUGUUCACCCUAAUUAUAUGCAACUGUUUUAAAAAAUUCGCAUUAAAAUUUUUUUUAAAACCUGCAUUAUAAGAUUAUAACUACAAUCCAAUAAUGCAACAUCGUAGCCUCAGGCAGGUCUGACAAUGUGUACUCACCAAUUUCUACUACUGCUAGUAGCUUGUAGUGACAACAUGGCGGCUGGUGAACUUCCUCUAAUGAAAACGUCAGUUGGGUCUGAGGU